UCUCCAAGCCAGCACCUUACUGGGAAGGAACAGCAGUCAUUAAUGGAGAGUUUAAAGAGCUGAAACUAACAGAUUAUGAGGGAAAGUACCUUGUCUUCUUCUUCUAUCCUCUUGACUUUACGUUUGUAUGCCCGACCGAGAUCAUCGCCUUCAGUGACAGAAUUGAAGAAUUCAGAGCAAUAAAUACUGAAGUAGUAGCCUGUUCCGUGGACUCAAAGUUCACACACUUAGCAUGGAUUAAUACUCCUCGAAAACAAGGGGGACUUGGACCUAUGAAGAUUCCGCUCCUUUCAGAUCUGACACACCAAAUUUCAAAGGAUUAUGGUGUAUAUCUGGAAGAUCAAGGGCAUACACUUAGAGGCCUUUUCAUUAUUGAUGAGAAGAGAAUCCUUCGACAGAUCACCAUGAAUGACCUUCCUGUUGGGAGAUCAGUGGAUGAAACGCUUCGUUUAGUACAAGCAUUCCAAUACACCGACAAACAUGGAGAAGUUUGCCCUGCCGGUUGGAAACCUGGCAGUGAAACAAUAAUUCCAGAUCCAGCUGGAAAACUGAAGUAUUUUGAUAAGCUAAACUGAGGCUCGCUUCUGUUAAAUGACACAGGUCACAUUCAACUUGAUUUUUGCCAAUAAAAUUUCAUUAAUUUUG